CAUUCUUUAUUCGGGGAAGGGUAGGCCCAGUAGGGUAGGAGGGACCUGAGUGACGAUGAGAGAGCGAGAUAAGAGACAGAUGUAGAGAGAGAGAGCAGAGAGAGAGAGAGAGAGAGGUGAGCGGUGCACACACAUCACUAUCAACUGAAUUUAUAUUAGCAAAAUACCUCUGGUAUUCCAAGCAUGGAAGGCAAGUUUUUAUCGUCCCCAAAACAAUCUGAACGUCAUGAUUAGGGGAUCAGCCAGAUUCCUUGAAAAGUGCUUGUUCGCUGUUUCGGGGGACUCCAACGGAAUAACUCGGUCCUGUCUCUGCUGCCUCAAAUCCUGCUCUCCCGCUCUAAUGCCUUGCCCAAGGUUUUGAGAAGCGCUGAGGUCUCUGGAUCCAAAUGUCACCCCCCCUGGACGCUGCCCCAGGCGGGGACCAGCAGUGUGUGACGGUGACGGGUGGGUGGCGAGGAGAGGAGAGGAGGAGGCCACAAACACAUCGGCUUUCUGCUGCGAUUCUGCACUAAAUUGGCCCAGGCUGUGUCCUGUCCUGUGAGGACGAGCAGAGAGUGCUCUGGUCUGAUAUCUCAGCAUGAAUGGAGUCAGAGUCAACUUCACUUAGAGGACCUGCUCUUCCUAAUGAGACCGCUGUCUCUCUUAAAGUUGAGGACUAAUCAAUUACAGGGGGAUUAAGCCUAACCCUACGGCUUCUUGUUCUACUGCCCCGUGAAGAAGAGGUGAACUCAGCAUUAUCAAACUCUUUUAGUGGACUGUUUUUUUUGUCGACUCUUUUGGUGGAUUUACUUCAAUACUUUCAAUACUUUUCCCUUUUUUUCUUUUUUUUGUUGGUGCGUUGCUUUUUAAUUUCUCCAACCCAAGGACCAUCCCCUCCUGAUUUUACACUAUGGAGUUUCAGGCUGGGCUGUGGAAUAAAGAUUGGGGUUCAUUUCUGCGUUUCUGGUUGACAGUCAUCCUGAGCCUCAAUGUGCACUUUAGCUGCCCUGCCACCUCAUGCCCAGAAGAGUGCCGCUGCGACAAAACCUUUGUUUACUGCAACGAGCGGAGCCUGACGUCUGUGCCUCUGGGGGUGACAGAGGGCUACAAGAUCCUCUACCUCCACAACAACCAGAUCAACAAUGCAGGGUUCCCAUGGGAACUACACAACGUGGCCUCCGUGGAGACAGUGUAUCUCUACGGCAACCAGUUGGACGAGUUCCCCAUCAACCUGCCUAAGAACAUCCGGGUGCUCCACCUGCAAGAGAACAACAUCCAGACCAUCUCCAGGGCUGCCUUAGCCCAACUGCCCCGCUUAGAGGAGCUCCACCUGGACGAUAACUCCAUCUCUACGGUUGGGGUGGAGGAGGGGGCGUUCCGGGAUGCUGUCAGCCUCAAGCUGCUAUUCCUCACCAAGAACCACCUGAGCAGUGUCCCCAUUGGUCUCCCAGAGGACCUCACAGAGCUGCGAUUAGACGAGAACCGUAUCGCGGUCAUUGCUGAGGAGGCGUUCCAGAACGUGACGCGGCUACAGCGCCUCCUGUUGGAUGGCAACUUGUUGACAGACGAGGGCGUGGCCCCGGGGACGUUCCAGGAGCUGUCCAACCUCCGGGAGCUGGCGCUGGCCCGUAACUCUCUGACGUUCCCCCCGCCCCUCCUCCCGACACAGUCCCUGGUCAAGCUCAGCCUGCAGGAUAAUCAGAUGGACCAAAUCCCAGUGACAGCCUUCUCCGGCCUCCAGAGGCUCGAGAGACUGGAUAUCUCCAAUAACCAGCUGCAGACGCUGACACAGGGGGUCUUUGACGGCCUCAUCAGCCUCAGACAGCUCACUGUUCGGAACAACCCGUGGCGCUGCGAUUGCACCGUCAAAUGGGUGGUGGUGUGGCUCAAGUCGCUGCCAGGCUCUAUCAACGUGCGCGGUUCAAUGUGCCAGAGCCCAGCGAGGGUGCGCGGCAUGGCAAUCAGAGAACUCACCCUGGAUUCUAUCCAGUGCCCAGCUGGGACGGACCUCCAGCCCGACCUCUGGCCUACCCUGCGCUCCACGCCCCCGCACCCCCAACUCCCCACCACCACCACAACCACCCUCAUUACCUCCUCCAUGACCAGCUCUAUUCCCACCUUCACAACCUCCUCCUACCUCACAUCACCCUCCCCUCCCCCUGCCAUGCCUCCCCACCCCGCUGGCCCACUGCCCCCCUAUGAGGACCCCCUACGGAUAUCCUUCCACGUGGUCAAUGCCUCCUGCAUCGAGGUAAGCUGGGCUUCCUACUUCACCGUCACAGCCUACAAGGUGACCUGGGUCAAGAUGGGCCAGAGCCUGAUGAGCGAUGUCAGCCGCGAAAGGACGGUGAGUGGGGAAAGGCGGAAGCUUAGCUUGACCAACCUGGAGCCCAGGUCGGUGUACCGGGUCUGUGUUUAUGUGCUGGACACCCUCAACUCCUACCGCCCAGGGGAGGAUACAAUAUGCUCAGACGCCAGAACCAAGUCGACCUCAUCCAGCUCCAACAACAACAAGGCCACAGGGUCGGAGGAAGCUCAACAGGACACCAACUCCACUCUCCUUUUGGCCGGGGUGAUAGGCGGGGCAGUCCUUGUCGUCCUGGUAAUGCUGCUGAGCCUGUUUUGUUGGCACAUGCACAAGAAGAGCCGCUCUGAAUCGUCCAAGUGGAAAUACAACCGUGGCAGGAGAAAAGACGACUACUGCGAGGCGGGGACCAAAAAGGAUAACUCUAUUCUGGAAAUGACUGAGACCAGCUUUCAGAUAGUUUCCCUGAACAAUGAGCAACUUUUGAAAGGUGAUUACAGGAUUCAGCCCAUCUAUACACCCAAUGGAGGCAUUGGCUUCAGAGACUGCCACCUUAGUAACAAUAGCUUAGCCUACUGCAAGAGCAGCAACGUUCCCAGCACCGAGUUCUGCCACACGUGAUGCUUCUAACAGGAUGCUCCCACACCAGUUGUUUGAGGAAAAAAUAUACUGUACCAUAGAUAUUUCCAAGUUCUGUCUGCCAUGUAAUUUAUACUGUGGACAGUAAUGUGGAAUUCUAUCAGCUAUCUUUUUUAGAAGGAAUACAAAUGGUUUUCUAAUCAGUGGAAUUAAAUUACAGUAAGUGUUUUUUGCUUAACUUCGGGAUCGGUGUCCCUCCUACAGGACGGUUGAGCUAACGUAGGCUAAUGCGAUUAGCAUGAGGUUGUAAGUAACAAGACAAUUUCCCAGGACAUAGACAUAUCUGAUAUUGUCAGAAAGCUUAAAUUCUUGUUAAUCUAACUGCACUGUCCAAUUUGCAGUAGCUAUUACAGUGAAAGAAUACCAUGCUAUUGUUUGAGGAGAGUGCACAAUUUUGAACAUGAAAAGUUAUUAAUAAACAAAUUAGGCACAUUUGGGCAGUCUUGAUACAACAUUUUGAACAGAAAUGCAAUGGGUCAUUGGAUCAGUCUGAAACGUUGCACAUACACUGCUUCAAUCUAAUAGCCAAAAUCUAAAUUGCACCUGGGAUGGAAUAAUACAUUAUGUCCUUUCUCUUGCAUUUCAAAGAUGAUGGUACAAAAAAAUACAAAAUAACGUUUCUUUUUCUUUGUAUCAUCUUUUACCACAUCUAUUGUGUUAUAUUCUCCUACAUUCCUUUCAUAUUUCCACAAACUUCAAAGUGUUUCCUUUCAAAUGGUACCAAGAAUAUGCAUAUCUUUGCAUCAGGGCCUAGCUACAGGCAGUUAGAUUUGGGUAUGUCAUUUUAGGCGAAAAUUUAAAAAAAAAAAUGUGUCAGAUCCUUAAUUUGAAGUACUGUAUAUAGGAAUUUGUACCAUUACGACACACUGGGUUGGUUCUGACAAACGCUGCCCUGUCUGUCAGGUUUUGGGUUGUUGGGUGCUAUGAGGGAUGGGAUUCUUUGCUAACCACAGGAGCUAAAUGAUGGUCUUUGUGCAGAGCCACCCCCUCAGAAACAUUAGUUACGAUAACACAGUGGUCAGGGACAUAGUAACACUGCUGAUUAGACUGCAGUGGAGAAUAGGCACUGCUGGUGUUUUUUUUAAGAAUCAAAGUGCACUUUCUAAUGUAACAGAGAGAGUAAGCAGCCAUCCAGGAAAUUAGCUUUUUGUGGAAAUCCCAUCAAAGAGGAAGCGCACACUUUUCAACACCCCCUAUUGCCGUCACAAGACAAAGUGAACAUGUAUGAAUGUGGUAGGCAGUGAGAAUGCCUUCACAGGACUAAGUGAACACGUCUGAAUGUGGUAGGGAGGGAGAAUGCCUUCACGGGACUAAGUGAACACAUCUGAAUGUGGUAGGGAGGGAAAAUGCCUUCACAGGACUAAGUGAACACAUCUGAAUGUGGUAGGGAGGGAAAAUGCCUUCACAGGAUUAAGUGAACACAUCUGAAUGUGGUAGGGAAGGAUAAUGACUUCACGGGACAAAGUGAACACAUCUGAAUGUGGUAGGGGGGAGAAUGCCUUCACAGGACUAAGUGAACACAUCUGAAUGUGGUAGGGAGGGAUAAUGCCUUCACAGGACUACGUGAACACAUCUGAAUGUGGUAGGCAGGGAGAAUACCUUCACAGGACUACGUGAACACAUCUGAAUGUGGUAGGCAGGGAGAAUGCCUUCACAGGACUAAGAGAACACGUCUGAAUGUGGUAGGGGGGGAGAAUGCCUUCACAGGACUAAGAGAACACAUCUGAAUGUCGUAGGCAGGGAGAUUGCCUUCACAGGACUAAGUGAAUAUGUAUGAAUGUGGUAGGCAGGGAGAAUGCCUUCACAGGACUAAGAGAACACAUCUGAAUGUCGUAGGCAGGGAGAUUGCCUUCACAGGACUAAGUGAACACAUCUGAAUGUGGUAGGCAGGGAGAAUGCCUUCACAGGACUAAGUGAACACAUCUGAAUGUGGUAGGCAGGGAGAUUGCCUUCACAGGACUAAGUGAACACAUCUGAAUGUGGUAGGCAGGGAGAUUGCCUUCACAGGACUAAGUGAACAUGUAUGAAUGUGGUAGGCAGGGAGCAGUGGAGUCUGCUGAGGGGAGAACGGCUCAUAAUGGCCAGAUGGAGCAAAUGGAAUGGUGUCAAACACCUAGAAACCAUGUGUUUUAUGUAUUUAGUACCAUUCCACCUAUUCUGCUCCAGUCAUUACCACGAGCCCAUCCUCCCAAAUGAAGUUGCCACCAACCUCCUAUGGCAGGGAGGGAGACUGCUUUGACAACUGGAUAUAGAUUGUCCUUCAGUGACACAGGAGGUAGUACCAGCUGUGGCCACUAGGAGGCAUGUUCUCUCAGUCAGUAUAGAGGGGUAAGCGAGAGAGUUAGCAGUAAAGAUCCUUUAGCUCCAGCAAUCCCUCCAGCAACCAUAACUCAUGGUUGUCACUAAUUACCACAGCCACAAAGUCAAAAUGGCUAUAUUGUAAAGAUGAAUGAAGACAAAAAUAUGGUUAGGGUUGGGCAUAAGGAUAGCAGUGUCGUUAAGGUUAAGGUUUAGACGAGGUUUCAAAUGAGAUUUUAGGAAGAUAAAUUGUAGAAAUAGGUGGGUUUUAUACAUAAUUAUGACUUUGUGGCUGUGUUAACUAGUGACGACCGUUACUCAAUCUCAAAUGGCAUUGCUCUGAGUAUUAAUGCUUGCGGAGCUACUUAAUGAUGUGGAAUAAUUUAAAACUAACUGUGCUCAGCUUUGGGGUUCAGCGGCUAAAUUAUAUAGAUUUUUACCACAGUGUGUUGUUAUCAUGGGGGAGGCCCAUGAGGUUGUGUUGGGUAUCUUGUCUUUGCAGGGAGGUGUCUGCAGUGAUGAUGAAUGUGUAGGAGAUACACUCACAGUUAUUAUACAGUCCGCUACCUUUCUAUUUUCCUUUAUUGUUUAGUAUUUAAAUGACAAAUGUGUGAAUCUCAACGAAUGAUCAAUGUGUUUAUCUUUAAUCUGCUUUAUACUGUGUUGAUGGAAGGGGUUUCCUGCUGUAGCAUGUGAAUAAUUUCCAUUGGGAUUGGCUAUUCUAUUCAUUCAUUGAUUGAUUGGUUCAAAUGACAGAUUCACCAUCAAUUCAAAACAAUGUUAGCUAAAUCUGGAGCUGCCCCCAUACAUGAACAUGUCCUUAUCUGACAUCCCUCAUCUUAAAGCUUCUCAGACUGCAUCGGCUCAAUUAAAACUGCAGUGCUUCUGAUGCUGAGAGAGAGAGAGAGAGAGAGAGAGAGAGAGAGAGAGAGAGAGAGAGAGAGAGAGAGAGAGAGAUGCGAGCGCGCUAGCUAUCUGGCCAAAAACAGAGUGUGUCUCUAUGGAUCUACAGUAUGUGUGUAUUUUUUCAGCCUGUGUGAGUUGUGACAGAGCUCUUUUUUUCAGGCAAGCUGGCUCCAAGUUAGGAAUGCCUGGUGCCACUGAGAAGUCAUCAUUAUACACUUCUUACUCCGACUUUAUUUGCUUUGACAUGAUUUUACUUUGCGGGCGGAGUUCAAAGGAUCCACCCCCCCUCCCCCCCAACUCCUCAUAAUCCUCAUCCAAAAAAGGGAGAAAAAUAUGCAGACUUUAAUUUCCAGACUUUAUUUUCCAGACUUGGCCAUGUGAAUCACAAGUUUAGAGAGGGAGGAGGGCCAAAUGACAGGAGAUAACCCUUCACUUCACGGGGCACCAAGCCACUGGCUGAAAUACACCAUUAAACCACUGCAUUCCAAUGGUUUGGCUGGACUUUAGACCAGUGGUUCACAACGAGGGGUAUGAGGACCUUGGCCUAUCCACAGGGGUACUUGAAAAGACUCAUGAGACCAUAGGCCUACAGGGAAAAUGCACAUGAGAGGAUGCUUCAGGGGUAGCCAAGGCAGAAAAAGGUUGGGAACCACUAUCCUUGACUAAAAAUAAUUUUGGAUGGAUAUUCUAACAUUAUCAACAGUAAAGACCAUUUUAAAGGUCAAACUCUUGUUUUGUGCUGGGCUGUUAAUGGCUAGAAUCUCUGUUGUAUUGUCUGUAUUUGAAGAACUGCCAUGCCAGUGCAUGUAUUAGUGUUAAUUCCUUCAGUAUUUCCCAAAGUGGGGAGUUUAUGACGCUAUAAACACUAUGACGCCAUCAUUCAUCUUGACGUUUAAGCUUUCAUACAUGCUUUUUGAGUCUAAUUUCCAUUCAUAAUGCAGAAACUCUUUUUGUUAAGAAAUGACAGUUGCUCUUCUGUGGUUACCAAAGUGUCUCCACAUUUUUCUACCAACGUACACAUAUCAGCGUAUCAAACCGGUAUUAAAAUAUAUGUCCAACUAGCCCCACUAGCGUAAGCUGACCUAAGGUCAGUUUGACACACAUUAAGUUUGACACUGCUACAUUUAGUGACCUAAGGUCAGUUUGACACAGCUACAUGGCAGGUUGCAUACAACAUCCAUCUGAUAUUUACUGACCUAAGGUCAGUUUCACACUGCUACAUGGCAAGUUGCAUACAUCAUCCAUCUGACAUUCACUGACCUAAGGUCAGUUUCACACUGCUACAUGGCCAGUUGCAUACAACAUCCAUCUGACAUUUACUGACCUAAGGUCAGUUUCACACUGCUACAUGGCCCUAGUGCUUUUAACAGGUUAUUUAUCCACUGAACACUUUAACCUACCUGCCUGUAGAACAGUUAUUCUAUCUGACAAUAAUUCCAUACAGCAAAGUGUCUUUGUUUUCAUUACCAGGGAUUAGGUUUUAAAUGUAUUGUUAGUCAGUCAGGCCAACCUGUUGCAACAAGUUCCCGAAGGAACGAAUGUUCCAAGGAGUGAUAAUAGUCCAUUUAAUGCCUUACCUUUAUGCAGUACUGUAUGGGCUAACUGUACUUAGUUAGUUGAAUUACUUGUUCAGAGCAGAAGCAAGGUUUAAACUAAUGAUUGAAUAGUUACUGUAUGGAAAGCACACAUGUUUAUAUUUCUGCAACAACAAAGAGAGAGUGACAGACAACGAUAGAUCUGACACAGAACUAAUGAAAGACUGUUCAUUCGUAACGACGCCUUGAGUGGUGCUGGGUAAUGAAUGAUACCAAGUGACUGAGAAGCCUUGUUGGUUAUUUGCAGCAGAACAUUACUCUUCAUUUCCUCCCUCAUGUAAAGAAAGUACACAGAUGCAAUGGCGUGACCAAUGGAAUUAGACCGAACACAUUAUAGAGAGAGAAGUGAAAAAUAGAGAGACAUACUGAAACCUCUGGUUUAUUAUUGUUUCAGGCUUUGAUAGUAAUGUCCUUAAAGCUCAUUGAUUCUCAUUGAAAUAACUAUGUUAAACCAUUGAGAGAUCAAUUCAAACAAAGUACCCAAGUGGAUCAAAUGUAAUACAUUUUAAGUUAUCUUUGUUUUGUCUCUCGUUAAUUUUCAGUUUGAGGGCAAAUCCCCCUCAUGUGAAUUACUGUCUGCAAAUUUCCAUUAUAGACUCAAAUUAAUUCAAGGAUUUGUGCAUCUAUUCACAGAAGUCUUCAGCAAACUAUUCAUGGGUUUUUAAGUAAUUGAAUUUUCUGUGUUUUAGAUAAUCAACACUUCCCCAUACAGCUGCUGGGUUCAAUUAAUUGAAAUAAUAUGAACAACGACAGGCUAUUUGAUCAUGUAUCAUUUGACAGAAGAAAGUAUGCUGAAAAUCAACCAUGCAUGUCAUUUGGCUUUAGGGUGUUCUUGACUAUUAUGGCUUUUUAUUUAGACAUUGCGUUGUUUUGACUUUAACAACAUAAACCAAUAUGCUAUUUAGGAACCAAAGUACAAUUUUUGUUCUCAUGAUGAAAUCUUGUUGUUGUCCCAUGUAUGUGCCUUGAGGUUAACUUACAAUGUAAAGUUCUUGAAACCUUUAAAUGUUUUUGCACAAAAUGUAUAUAUAGAAGUGAAGAUUUUUGCAAAUAAAAGUUCCAUGGGAUUUGAUUCAU